AUGGGGCCCGGCCCCGCCAACGCCCACCCGCGCAUCCUGGCCGCCCAGACCCUGCCCCUGCUGGGCCACAUGCACCCUCCAUUCCUGUCCAUCAUGGACGAGAUCCGACAGGGCCUGCGGUACCUGUUCCAGACCUCCUCCAACUACACGCUGCUGGCCAGCGGUACCGGCCACGCGGGCAUGGAGAUGGCGAUCGCCAACCUGGUGGAGCCAGGGGACACGGUGGUGGUGGGCAACAAGGGCAUCUGGGGUGCACGCGUGGCCGACAUGGCCGAGCGCUUUGGCGCCAACGUGGUGGAGCUCAAGGUGGCGGCAGGCAAGACCUUCUCGCUGGCGGAGCUGACGGCGGCGGUGGAGCAGCACAAGCCCGCCCUGCUCUUCCUCACGCAGGGCGAGUCGUCCACCGGCGUGCGGCAGAGCCUGGCGGGCGUGGGCGAGGUGUGCCGCAAGCACGGCGCGCUGCUUCUGGUUGACACGGUGGCCUCGCUGGGCGGCGUGCCGCUGCUUGCCGACGCCUGGGCCGUCGAUGCCGUGUACACCGGUAGCCAGAAGUGCCUGUCGGCGCCGCCGGGGGCCGCGCCGCUCAUGCUGAACGAGCGAGCGCUGCAGAAGGUCAAGAACCGCAAGACAAAGGUCCGCUCCUACUACUUUGACCUCAACCUGGUGGGAGACUACUGGGGCUGGUUUGGCUCCCGCUCCUACCACCACACCGGCAUGGUCAGCAUGUGGUAUGCCAUGCGCGAGGCGCUGGCGGUGCUGUCUGAGGAGGGGCUGGAGGCCAGCUGGGCGCGGCACGAGGCGGCGCACCAGCAGCUGUGGGCGGGGCUGAGGGAGCUGGGCCUGGAGCCAUUUGUGGAGGACCCCAGGGACAGGCUGGCCACAGUGCCCGCGGGCGUGGACUGGGCCGCGCUGUGCAAGCACGCCAUGGAUGCGUACGGCGUGGAGGUGUCUGGCGGGCUGGGCCCCACCGCAGGCAAGGUGUGGCGCGUGGGCCUCAUGGGCUACAACGCCAAGCCCGCCAACGUGGAGCUGGUGCUGGUGGCCUUCAGGACGGGCCUGGCCAAGCAGGGCUACAAACCCGCCGCCGCAGCCGCCGCCACCGCCUAG